AUGAUCAAGUUCGUAGUCCUCGCCCUCGCCAUCUCGGCAGUGCACUGCCAGUACGGAGGCUACCACCAGCAAGCUCCCGAGUACAAGGAAGAAGAACACUACGAACCAGCUCACUACCAGUUCCACUACGACGUCCACGACGAGCACACCGGAGACAUCAAGAGCCAGCACGAGCAGAGGGAGGGGGACAAGACCGAAGGCGAAUACAGCCUCGUCGAGCCCGAUGGCACCCUCAGGGUGGUCAAGUACCACGUCGAUGGAAAGUCAGGGUUCGUAGCUGAGGUACACAGGGAACCCGGCAAGUACAAGCCAGCUCCCGAACCAGCCUACAAGAAGCCAGAGCCAAGCUACUACAAACCACAGCCAACCUACCAGAAGGCUGAACCAUCUUACUACAAGCCCCAGCCCAGCUACAACAAACCAGAACCAAGCUACUACAAACCACAGCCAAGCUACUACAAACCACAGCCAAAAUACUACUAAAUCACCAAUUUGUAUUAUAAAUUGCUAUUUUAUAUAAUGUAUUAUAUGUACAAAUAAAUUUUUAUACUUUUAUA